GCACAAACUUUAAAGGAAGGGAAAUAGAGGCGAAGGGAAUUUCUAAACAGAGUGAAUUCAGCAAAAAAUUAAAGGAGCCGACUGUUGAUCGAAGAAGAGUAGUUUUCAAUUGUCAUGCAUGAAGAUAAUAAUGCAAUAAUUCAUGGUAGAAUUGAAGCUCUUCUAGAAAGACGUGGUUUUAUGGUUUUCAAAUCUCCAAUGACAAAUGAAUAAACGACCAAAAAAGUGCUGGUCAACAAAUUAUGGCAUUGGUGGAUGUAGUUGGAAAUAUUUCCUCUAAUACGUUACUUAAAUGAAGAUUUUUUAUUUUUAUUAAUUUUUGGCUGACUUGUCCAAUUGCUAUUUCGCAACUACUUUAUAUUUUUGGUGACCGAUUUAGCCUCAAAGUAGCGACCUUUUCAAUAUCACUCUCUCUCUCUCUACAAGUAGAUACCUUUUUUAUUAAAUUUAUUUAAUACAUCUCUCUCUCUCUCUCUCUCUCUCUCCCCAAAAACGGUCGAUAACUCUCCGGGAAGGUGCGGUCCGUUCUGGAUAGCCUCCAUUUUUCAUUCAUUCAAAAACUCAAGUCUCAGAGAAUCCAAGUCAACUAAAUGCAGCCUUCACAGCAGUCAACUUCUUCCCGCCCACUCCAGCGACUAUUUUCCCCCAUUACGUACCUAAUUCAUCAUGCUCUCUCCCUUCUCCACUCUCCUCCGCCAUGCACCCUUUCUCCUUCCCUCCGCUUAUCCUCUUCUCCGUCCUCCUCUUCUCUUUCUUCUCCCUCAUUGCUUCCUUUCCCUCCGAUGUCUCUGCCGUCCCCUUCUCCUCCGACUGCCCCCAGACCUUUGACUGCGGGGACCUCAAGAACAUCUCCUACCCCUUCACCCUCCGGGACGACUGUGGCCUUCCCGAGUUCCGUCUCACUUGCGAGAACGACUCGCCUGAGUUGGCCGUCGAGUCGAUUAGUUACCGAAUCCUCCUACUCAACCAGACCGAGAAAACUAUGACCCUCGCCCGCUCUGACCUCUGGAACAAAACGUGCCCUCACGAAUUCUUUAAUUCCACUCUGAAUCGCAAUGUAUUUGACUACGGUAAGGUCAAUGAGGACCUCACCAUCUUCUAUGGUUGCUCCAAUCUGACACAGAUGCCUUCUACAUCUAAUCUAUUCAAUUGCAGCAUCGAUGGGAAUCCGAGCAGCGACGCUUUUUUUCUCGUCGGUCCAAUUCCGACCGACCCGAUACUUAGAUUUAUUAGCUGCACCGUUGGUGUUAAUGUGAAAAUCCUCAAAAAGGCGGUGGCGGAGCUCACAAACAAUCGGUCCAUGCUUAGGGAGGUUUUGAUGGAGGGUUUCAAUGUGAACUAUAGCACGUGUGCCAAUUGUCUGGUUUCCGUUUCCGGUGGGCAAUGUGGGUUUGAUUCGGUUUCAGCCCAACCCAUUUGCCUUUGUGACAAUCAGCCGUGUCCCGCGCAAGGUAUUCGAGCUUUUUUUCUUGACAAAAUUGAGGUUUUGCUUCGAAAUGAUCAUUGAGAUAGACAUAAAUUUCCAAAAUCACUAAUUUAAAUAGGCUAGUACGUCAUUGUUUUACCUUGGAAAUAGAAUCCUUUUAAUAGCCUAUAGGAAUAGAAUUAUGGUGUUUUUGCUCGGAAAUGAUUGUUUAGACUUGCAGCCACACCCAAAAAACUACCAUUUGGUGCUCCUCUUGUCCAUGAUCGCUACUUACAAUAGCGUUGGUCCACUUGAAUUGCCCAGUCUCUCGUGAAUUUAGUGG